AUGGAAAUUGUUACUUCAUGUGUUAGUUCAAUUUCUGAAAUUAUUUUCAGCCGCUUGUUCAAAGCAGCAGGCCGUCAGAUUGGCUACCUGCUUAACUACAAUGACAAAAUCGAAGCAUUACGAAAUCAAGUUGAGGAACUCAAGGUUACCAGAGACAGGAUGCAAUCGAGAAUUCAUGCUGCUGAAAGAAACAGAGAAAUUAUCUUACUUGAUGUCCAAAUCUGGAUAUCUAAAGUUGAUGAUGUCUCUGCAGAAGCAGAAAAGUUUUUUGAAGAUGAAGGCAACGUGAACAAGAUGUGCUUCAAAGGGUGGUGCAUUAAUGUCCGAUCACGUUACCGGUUCAGCAAGGUGGCAAAGCAGAAGAAAACGGUGAUCACUCAGCUCCAAAAAGAUGGAGAAUUUCAAACUCUAUCUCAGCCUGCUCCUCCUCCUUCAAGCAUUAUCAUUCCAACUGUUGGAUUUUCUGGAAUUUUUGAAUCCAGAGAAUCAAUCAAGAAUGAAAUUAUGGAGUUCUUGAAAGAUGACAAGGUCAGCAUAAUUGGAAUAUGUGGGCUGGGGGGUGUGGGCAAGACCACACUAGUGAAACAAGUUGGCAAACUAGCUGAAGAAGAAAAGUUGUAUAAUUCAGUAGUUAUGGUAGUUGUGUCUCAAACCCCAAAUAUCAUGAAUAUUCAAAGAGAAAUUGCUUACAUGCUAGAUCUGAAGUUAUUACCUGAUUAUCCUGAAUCAGCGCGAGCAAGUGCCUUGUGGGAGAGAAUUAAGAAGGAGAAGCAAAUCCUCAUAAUACUAGAUGAUGUUUGGAGAAGAAUUAAAUUGGAGGAGAUUGGUAUUCCUUUUGGGAAGGACCACAGAGGUUGUAAGAUCAUGCUUACCUCUCGAAGCAAAGAUGUGUGCGAUGAAAUGGAUUGUGACAAAAUAUCUAUUGUUAGAACUUUAUCAAAACAGGAACCAUGGGAGCUAUUCAAGGAGCUUGUUGGAAUGGAUGUCGAAAAUUCUAGCAUAAGCCCAAUCGCAAGAGAAGUAGUCGCCGAAUGUGAUGGCUUGCCAAUUGCAAUUGUGACAAUAGCAAGCGCAUUAAGGAACAAAAAUGGGCAUGUGUGGAUUGAUGCAACACGACAACUAAAAAUGUCUACCCCAACAGAUAUCCCAGGGAUGCAAAGAAGUGUGAUUUCAUCUUUGGAGUUGAGCAUCAAAUAUCUAGAAAGUGAUGAUGCAAAAUCAUUGUUCUUCUUCUGUAGCGUGUUUCCGGAGGAUUUUGAAAUCCCAAUUGAAGUUUUAGUUACAUAUGGAGUGGCUUUGAGGUGGUUCAAAAAUGUUGAGACAAUGAAGGAUGUUAGACACAGAGUGCAUGCUAUUGGAAAUUCUAGAAUGGUUUUCCCUAACAAUUUCUUUCAAGGCAUGAAAGAUCUUAGAGUUCUAGACUUGAGUAAAACUCAAUUAUUGCCAUUGCCAGAGUCACUUUCUUUGUUGGCAAAUCUUACAACAUUGUAUCUUAAUGGUUGCAAGUUAGGUGACCUAUCUAUUAUCGGGCAACUAUGUAAACUAGAAAUUCUUAGCCUUAAUGAUUCUAAUGUUAGGGAGAUCCCGAUAUCUUUUAGUCGAUUAAUUCAUUUGAGGUUAUUAGCUUUGAUCGAGUGUAACGAGCUUGCACGAAUAGCACAUGGUGUCAUAUCUUCUCUGUGUAAAUUGGAGGAGUUGUAUGUUUUAGAAAGUUUUGAGCAUUGGGAUUAUGAAGGAGAUGAGGGGGGCUUGAGAAACAAUGCAAAACUUGCUGAGUUACAAUCUUUGCCUAGACUAACUAGGUUGCAAAUUAGUAUCCCAAACUUGAAUUUCUUAAUUGAUAAUGAUGUGCCGUUCAAAAACUUAUCAAACUUUGCAAUAAUAAUAGGUGGUGUAGGAUAUUUUGAAAAGAUCGACUUUAUGAUUUCUUCAGAAAAAUAUUCAAGAAAACUGUUGAUGUUAAAUGAUGAUAAGGUUAUGAUUUCAGGAUUGAUUAAUUGCCUAAAGAAUUUGGUAAUUGAACAAACGGAAUAUUUAGAAGUAGACACGUGUAAAUCAGUGGUAUAUAUAUUUGAUUGUGAAGUGCUUAAGGUGACAUAUGGAAAAACAAAGUUGCUUUCGCCUUUAAAGGAACUACAUUUGACAAAUCUACCAAAUAUGACACAUGUAUGGAAAGGUGAAACUCAAUACAUAACCCUUUGCAACUUGAAGAGAAUAAAAUUGUCGGGGUGCCCAAAGUUAGUAAAGCUAUUUUCACGAGAUUUAUUGCAGAGUCUUAUUUGUCUGAAAGAAAUGGAGAUAAGUUAUUGUGGCAAUCUAGAGGAGAUUUUCAUAAUGAGAGAAGAAGAAGAAAUAAUACCACCAAGGAAAGAUCUCACCACAACCUCCCCAAGUUUGGGAAACUUAACUUCUGUACAAAUAGUAGGAUGCAAUAAAUUAAAAAGUCUCUUCACCCCCUCCACAGUCAAAGGCCUUGUGAAGCUCAGAAGUCUUCUAGUAUGUUCUUGCUCAACAUUGGAAGAAAUAGUUACAAAUGAGGAAGUAUCAUCAUCAUUAGCAAAGAAGAUUGUUUUUCCUAGUUUGUCCUACUUGGGGCUUGUGCAGCUAAGUAACAUUGGUUGUUUUAGCUCCAACUCAUUUUCUAUUGAAUUUCCAAUUUUGGAGGCACUUCGCAUAUUUGCAUGCCCAAAAUUGAAGAUUUUUGGUUAUGGAGAACAACUGACACCAAAACUCAACAAAGUUACAAUAGAUAUGUUUGGUUCAGACAGAGUACGAUGGAUGGGUAACCUGAACUCUACAGUUGAGCAAUUGUUCAUAGAAGAACAAGAGGAAAUUGCAAGGAAACGACUAAUUGAAGAAAUAAUCAUGAAUGAGAAAGAAGAAAAGGCUGCUGCUUGCAUCAACAGAGAAGAUGGUGUUCCUAGCUUAAACGAUAUGAAACUUACUUUGUUUCAGCAGAAGAUUUUAUCCACAGUUCUCUAUCUCUACAACUGGAGUCGAGUAGGACCAGUACAAUGGUUGAAGUUCUACACUGAUGAAGUUCUCAUUGAAAUUGGCCAACAAAAGUGUUAUGAGUCUUCUAACAUCUUCAUUCAGCAGAGUGAAACACAUGCAGUUGCAGAUGAAUUGAAAGCAGCUAGAAAUGAACAAGGUCAGAGACUCGAGGCUAUCAGAGGUGACAUACAAGUGAAGAUUGAUACUGCUGAAAGAAACAGCGAAAUUAUUUUACUUGCUGUCCAAAAUUGGAUAUCAGAAGUUGAUAAUGCCAUUGCUGAAGCUGAAAAGUUUUUGGAAGGGGAAGUCAAAGCAAACAAGACAGGCUUCAGAGGGUGGUGCAUCAAUCUCAGAUUGCGUUACCAGUUAAGCAAGCUGGCAGAGCAGAAGACGGCAGUGAUCACUCAACUCCAAGAAGAUGGAAAAUUCCAGGCUCUAUCUCUGUCUGCUCCUCCUCCUUUGGGCAUUAUCAUCCCAACUUAG